CUCUCUCACAUACACACACACACACACACACAUACACACAGGAAAAGCUGGAGACAGUCUCCACAGCACCUCACACCACAGCCUCAGUGCACCUCGGCGGCCCAAACGGGAUCCUCCCCUACUUUGAUAGUUGCUUAAUUACUCAUGUGACGGCACGCAGAUGUCUGGGAUGCUCCAGCUCAAAGUUCUACCAAAUAACUCGCUGACUGACUGAGUGACAGGAUCCGAGGGGAGGCAGACGUUUAAGGAGCGCCCUUUAUCUGUGAAUCAAGCAACGCAACACGUUCAGCAAUGGUCCCUCUGACCCUACGCACGUUCUUGCUAACAGCCAUCAUGGCCUCCAGUGGACUGACUCAAGCAAACAUCACCGAGGAGGUCGCCAGCACCCUCUUUCCCAUCUCAACCAUCAAACCCAUGGGACCUAUCAGCCAAGCGGAAAAUCUCUCAGGCUUUCAGAGCUAUAACAAAUCCUUACCCUUAUGUAAAGAACCCACUUCCACUACAGAGACCUUCAGGAUCAUCAAUACCAUCAUCUCAUGUGUGGUAUUUGUGGUGGGCUUGGUGGGCAACGCCACAGUCCUAAGGAUUAUCUACCAGCACAAGUGCAUGAGAAAUGGACCUAAUGCUCUGAUUGCAAGCCUGGCACUGGGUGACCUCAUGUAUAUCACUACAGACAUUCCCAUCACCGUCUACAAGCUUCUGAUGAGAAAAUGGCCGCUGGAUGACACCACCUUCGGCGUCUUCCUGUGCAAAAUGGUGCCCUUCAUUCAAAAAUCAUCAGUCGGCAUCACUGUGCUGAACCUGUGUGCACUCAGUGUGGACAGGUACAGGGCUGUUGCCUCGUGGAGUCGUGUUCAAGGAGUCGGCAUUCCUUUACUCACCGCUGUUGAAAUUUUGCUCAUCUGGGUGCUGUCGUUCAUUCUGGCCGUGCCUGAGGCGAUAGGGUUUAACAUGGUGUCCUUCUCCUACCGCAACAUGACUUUCCAUACCUGCAUGCUCAAACCUUCAGACUCCUCCGAAUUCAUGCAGCUAUAUGUACAAGCAAAGGACUGGUGGCUGUUUGGAUUUUAUUUCUGCAUGCCACUGGCCUGCACAGCAAUUUUUUACACCCUCAUGACCUUUACGAUGCUCAGCCAUAGGAAAGGAACUCUCCGGAUUGCCCUAAGUGACCACCUCAAACAGAGGCGAGAGGUGGCCAAGGCCGUUUUCUGUCUGGUCCUGAUCUUUGUGCUCUGCUGGAUCCCCCUGCACCUCAGCAGAAUCCUGAAGAAAUUGGUGCCCAAUCCUCGUGAUGAAAACCGCUGUGAUCUGUACAGCAUCCUCUUGAUCCUGGACUAUCUUGCCAUAAACCUGAUCACCAUCAACUCCUGCAUCAAUCCCAUCAUCCUCUACUUUGUCAGCAAGAAGUUCAAGAAUUGCUUUAAGUCUUGCUUGUGUUGUUGUUGGCGCCGCUCAAUGAACCAAGUCACCAGCAUGGGGCAGAUGAACGGCACAAGUAACCAGGGCAAAACCCAAGAUCCCAAAAACCUCCAGAAUGAUCGUACCAUCCAGAAGUACAGCUAUUGAACAAAUUUGUGAUGUAUACCGCAUUACAAUUAUGCAUUUUGGCAGAUGCUUUUUUUUUUUAUCUGAAGAAUUGAACUGAUCAGACAUAGAGUGACGGUUUGCUGGUACUGGUAUUCAAACUCACAACUGUCCGAUACGUAGUCCAGAGCCCCUAACCACUGAGUCACCACUUCCCACUCAUAGUGCCACCUCUGGUCUGGAAGACCAACCGAGUUUCGUCAGAAACGAGAUUUGCCGUCAGUAUGGAAGACACCACCCAGUCAUCUAUAAUGUCUGAAGUUAAGCUUUCAGAGGAAACUAGUACUACUCUGUGCUGGACACAGACGGACUGAAGCUGCUUAUACUGUAUACUGUAUAUGUUUUCAUACACACAACACAAUGGGGCUGAUGUAUGCAAAGUCCUGCUCCCAGAGCAAACAUUCCCAGAAUCUUCUGCGGGGAUGUUUUGCCGUGAGAGAGAGGGCAAGGGUGGAGGGGGGUCAGCAGGAUGCAGCUGAACGUCAUCUAUAAAUGAACCCAAUCAGAGGCCCAAGAACACACAAUAAAUAGGCUACACAAAUACAUGUAUAAGCUAUGUCUACACUUUCUCAAGGGACAGGAAACUGGAGGAAGGAAGAGUUAAGUAGUGUGUUACAAAUCCUGCAUAUGGGUGUAAAUAUGGACUGCACAAACCUCCACCAAAAAAACCCCCCAACUCUCCUCCUUCCUUCCCAUUGCUGCUUAUGAGUGCGGUCUAAAUUCAGAUCUAUUCAGAUCCAGGAAGCCUGAUUUUACUUUCAUUCAUACUCAUAUCCCUCACUUCAGAAUAGUUUUUUUUUCCAUCCUGAAUGUCUCUUUUGUUUUAUUUCGAUGGGUUAGUUUCAAAGGUCCAUUUUGUACAGUGCAAUGGUAAAGCAUUUUCACAAUCACAGAUUUUCUGCGUUUUUGGAAUCGAUAAUCAGACAUCAACUUUUAGCAUCCUGAUCAGAUUUUUUGCUGUUGGGUUUUUGUAGAAGCAUGCUCAACAGCACCACCAAUGGUUAUAAGACAAAAUACACAGAAUGGUAUAAAGAAGCAUGAAGCGAGACUGGGGCUGACUUCUUUCUAUCCCGGACUGUAGAUUCAUGCAGCCUGUCAGUGAGAAGUCAUGUCUCUCGUGUGUUAGAGAGAGUGUAUCAGAGUUGUAAGAUCAUAGCAGCUAACUAGCACUCAAUUCAACACCUAGCGUGCAACGUAGCUAGAUUAGCAAAAAGUAUGAUGGAUAAUUGACAUUGAAAUUUCUAAAUAGACUAAACUUCAUUAAACAGCUAAAUUUUGUCUGUAUUUAGCAAAUACAAAACUACAGAACACAAAAGGCAUUUCCAUACAAAUUCCAAGUUGAUUUGUAUCUUAUAUGUAUUCAAAAUUCUUCCCAUCCAUGUAUCUGAAAUUAUUGUCAUAUUAGAUGGAUGAGACUGAAUGAAUAUAGACUGCACACAGUUUUCUGUUUCCUGAUAGAAACCAGAAAGAUCCAGUGUUCACCCAUCUGUUUGUAGUUUUAUACUUAAAAAAACAAAAACAACAACAACAACAACAAAAAAAUUCCCGAUCUUUUGAUGAUCAUCCAAGUGUUUUAUUCCAAAGCUAAAACAAACACUCAUGUCAGCGGUUGCUCCAUCAAACCCUGCAUUCUUCCAGAUUUAUAUAUAUAUAUAUUUUUACAAGUAGGGUCAUGAACUCUGAUAUAUUCUGAUAAAUUCAGGGAGAUACACUGUUUUUGUCCAUUUAUACCUUUCUUACAUAUGACAUCGAUUAAAAAUCCAAUCACUUUGCCAACUUUUGUUUGAAUUUGUCCCCAUUUCUAAAAGCCCUUCUAAAAGUUCUUCGUACAUUGCUUACCAAAUCCAAAUUAGAAAUAUACCGUACCUACAAGAAGCGAUUAAGGGACCAAGCACUUUCUGGUUCCACCCCUUAGCGAUGGAGGAAGACCAGACGCCAUUGGUACUAGAAGCCAUUGGGACUAUUAGCACUAGUAAAUUAGAUGAUGAUACAUCAAGUCGUUCCUGAGAUAUGGCCAUGGGACAGUUAUUUGAUGUGGUCUCAUGAUUCUGUGAUCCAAUGACACCUCCAAAAGAUGUAUGCCAGUUUUACUGUUGGUAAUCAUACAAAUUCGCUCGUCAUUCACAAUUGCAAUUAUUUUUCUAAUCCCAAACUGUACCAGUAUUCUAAAUUUGCAUUUCAAAUGAAUUAAUAUAUCACCACUCAUUAUCAGAAGACCGUGUUAACGGACAACGUGCUAAAAUGCAGGAAAUCAGAGAUGGCGAAGAUAUUCAUCUUUCAUUGCACUGUACACGAAUUGAGGAAUUUCUGCUACUGUGUUCUGUAUAAACCUGCUUCCAUGUUCCAAUACUGCUUCAUAUAAUCGUAUAGAAGUGUUCCGAAGUUCUCUGUGAACACAUAACCGAAAUGAGAAGGUGCUCUGAAGCUUGAUUAACUGUUGAAGGAACACACAUAGUGGAUGAUUCCUUCCUGAAGUCUUCCAGCUGGGUUAACUUUUCUUGUCUAGCCAUUCACUUAGAAAUACAGAGGAUAAUGACUUCUGACCCUCUUCAAAUUUUAGAAUUAGCUCACAGAGGCUAGCCAACUUCAACAAACCCUUGGUAAUAAUGUUGAAAGGAAAAAAAAAAAAAGACCAUUCUAAGUUCAGAGCGAGGGCUUGGGAACGAAGAGGCCUCUGCAUUAAAGUGAAAAACAGCCAAGAGGUCUAAAAAUGUCUCUUUACUUGUAACACUGUGAAUGCUUACCUAUUACUCACUGUGUAUACAUGAUGUAUUAUUUCUAUUGUACAUAUUUACGCUGAAGUACAUAAGUAUAUAAAUAUAUUCCGAAAUUUUUGCGGGAGUUAUGGAUUCCUCGUUUGAAGAUUAAAUAAACCAGCGUAUAUGAAACGUUGCAGUAAAUAGCAUCAGGGACAGAGGGAAUUUAUUGGAUGCAUAAAUUCAUUAAGUUGUUUAGAGUGAGACGAGAAACCAGAAAUGAUUUUUUUUUUUCCAGCUGUUGCAUUGUAUAUGAAGAAUCAAUCGCACUUUUCAUGAAAAGAUUAUUUCGAUUGUUUAGAUUUAGAUCUAUACUGUACAACAUUGUACACAACUUUACACUAUGCAAACCAGUGCCAGUGUUUUAGUGUCGACUAAACAUAUCAGCUUUUUAUUUGUAUUUUAUUAUAUUAUUUUUGAAUAUAUUCAUAUCACAGAACUGAUCAAACCACUUCAUGAUGUCUCAGUGAAACGAGAGAUUCGGUCCAUAAGAGCAGCUCGCUUCUGAUUCAUUUCCAAACCGGGACUCAUCGGAGUCAACCUUUGACCUACACAAAUUCAUUCGAGUGCCGCCUGAGGAUUCAUCCCUCACUGAGACCCGGAAAUGAAUAUUAAUAAGUUGUUAUUAAAAGAUAUUUUGUUUGUUAUUGGCUUGGUAUCUGUACGUCUCAAUGUUUUUAAUGUGUUUCAGAGUGUUUAUGUACAGUAUGUAUUCUUUUUUUCAGAAAAAUAAAAAUCUUAUAAAGCA